AUGGGAAAUGCAGCCCUCUGCUCAUCUUGCCAUGCGGAUAAAAGUGUUAGAGCUCAAGGAAACAUGCAGGAACUGGAUAAAACUCCAGACUACUAUGGCUAUCACAGCGAGGACGCCACAGAACCUGGGGUACAGUCUGACAGCAAUGCAAGUUUCCUUCGUGCUGCCCGUGCGGGCAACCUGGACAAGGUUGUGGAAUACCUGAAGGGUGGGAUUGACAUCAACACCUGCAACCAGAAUGGACUCAAUGCUCUCCAUCUGGCUGCCAAGGAAGGCCACGUGGGGCUGGUCCAGGAGCUGCUGGGCAGAGGGUCCUCUGUGGAUUCUGCUACUAAGAAGGGAAACACUGCUCUUCACAUCGCCUCUCUGGCUGGACAGGCGGAGGUUGUCAAAGUCCUUGUUAAAGAAGGAGCCAACAUAAAUGCACAGUCUCAGAAUGGCUUCACUCCAUUAUACAUGGCAGCCCAGGAGAAUCACAUCGAUGUUGUCAAAUACUUGCUGGAAAAUGGAGCCAACCAGAGCACUGCUACAGAGGAUGGAUUUACUCCUCUAGCUGUGGCCCUCCAGCAGGGACAUAACCAGGCAGUGGCCAUCCUCUUGGAGAAUGACACCAAAGGGAAAGUGCGGCUGCCGGCCCUGCACAUUGCAGCCAGGAAAGAUGACACCAAAUCUGCAGCUCUCCUGCUUCAGAACGAUCACAAUGCGGAUGUACAAUCCAAGAUGAUGGUGAAUAGAACAACCGAGAGUGGUUUCACCCCUUUGCACAUAGCCGCGCACUAUGGAAACGUCAACGUGGCCACUCUUCUUCUCAAUCGGGGAGCUGCGGUGGAUUUCACAGCCAGGAAUGGAAUUACACCUCUGCACGUGGCUUCUAAACGGGGAAACACAAAUAUGGUGAAGCUCCUGCUGGAUCGAGGUGGUCAGAUCGAUGCCAAAACUAGGGAUGGGUUGACACCCCUUCACUGUGCUGCGCGAAGUGGGCAUGACCAGGUGGUGGAGCUCCUGUUGGAGCGAGGAGCUCCCUUGCUGGCCAGGACCAAGAAUGGCCUGUCUCCACUUCACAUGGCUGCCCAGGGGGAUCACGUGGAAUGUGUGAAGCAUCUGCUACAGCACAAGGCGCCUGUUGAUGAUGUCACCUUGGACUACCUGACAGCCCUCCAUGUUGCUGCACACUGUGGCCACUACCGUGUAACCAAACUCCUUCUGGACAAGAGAGCCAACCCGAAUGCCAGAGCUCUGAAUGGUUUUACUCCACUGCAUAUUGCCUGCAAGAAAAACCGCAUCAAAGUCAUGGAACUGCUGGUGAAAUAUGGGGCUUCCAUCCAAGCUAUCACAGAGUCUGGCCUCACACCAAUACAUGUGGCGGCCUUCAUGGGCCACUUGAACAUUGUCCUCCUUCUGCUGCAGAACGGAGCCUCUCCAGAUGUCACUAACAUUCGUGGUGAGACUGCCCUGCAUAUGGCGGCCCGGGCAGGGCAGGUGGAAGUCGUCCGGUGCCUCCUGAGAAACGGUGCCCUGGUGGAUGCCAGAGCCAGGGAGGAACAGACACCUCUGCACAUUGCCUCCCGCCUGGGCAAGACAGAGAUCGUCCAGCUGCUCCUACAGCACAUGGCCCAUCCAGACGCGGCGACCACAAACGGGUACACACCCCUGCACAUCUCUGCCCGAGAAGGCCAGCUGGAUGUGGCCUCUGUCCUCCUGGAGGCGGGAGCUGCUCACUCCCUGGCCACCAAGAAGGGCUUCACUCCCCUGCAUGUGGCAGCCAAGUAUGGAAGCCUGGAUGUGGCAAAACUUCUCUUGCAACGCCGUGCAGCUGCAGACUCUGCAGGAAAGAAUGGCCUUACCCCGCUCCAUGUCGCUGCUCACUAUGACAACCAGAAGGUGGCGCUGCUGCUCCUGGAGAAGGGUGCUUUCCCCCAUGCCACUGCCAAGAAUGGUUACACACCUUUACACAUCGCUGCCAAGAAGAAUCAGAUGCAAAUUGCGUCCACACUCCUGAAUUACGGAGCCGAGACUAACAUUGUGACGAAGCAGGGAGUCACUCCACUCCACCUGGCCUCCCAGGAGGGCCAUGCAGACAUGGUCACUUUGCUUCUGGACAAGGGAGCUAACAUCCACAUGUCAACCAAGAGUGGCCUCACAUCCUUACACCUUGCAGCCCAAGAAGAUAAAGUCAAUGUUGCUGAUAUUCUUACAAAGCAUGGGGCCGACAAAGAUGCUCAUACAAAGCUUGGUUACACUCCUUUAAUUGUGGCCUGUCACUAUGGCAAUGUGAAGAUGGUCAACUUUCUUCUGAAACAGGGGGCAAAUGUGAAUGCAAAAACCAAGAACGGCUACACACCUUUGCACCAGGCUGCCCAGCAAGGCCACACGCACAUCAUCAAUGUCCUGCUCCAGCAUGGCGCCAAGCCCAAUGCCACCACCGCGAAUGGUAACACCGCCUUGGCGAUUGCAAAGCGCCUGGGCUACAUCUCUGUGGUCGAUACUCUGAAGGUGGUGACCGAAGAGGUGACCACCACCACCACGACUAUAACUGAAAAACACAAGCUCAAUGUUCCUGAGACAAUGACUGAGGUCCUGGAUGUGUCUGAUGAAGAGGCCAUUAAACAGUGUGGGGACCACUUUAUUGAUGGGGAAGCACUUAGUGACUCAGGUGAUGACACAAUGACCGGGGAUGGGGGGGAAUACCUGAGGCCCGAAGAUCUCAAAGAACUAGGUGACGACUCCCUGCCCAGCAGUCAGUUCCUGGAUGGCAUGAAUUACCUGCGCUACAGCUUGGAGGGGGGACGAUCUGACAGCCUUCGAUCCUUCAGUUCCGACAGGUCUCACACUCUCAGCCACGCAUCCUACCUAAGGGACAGUGCCAUGAUCGAAGACACGGUGGUGAUCCCCAGUCACCAGGUGUCAACUCUAGCCAAGGAGGCAGAAAGGAAUUCUUAUCGUCUGAGCUGGGGCACUGAGAACUUAGACAACGUGGCUCUUUCUUCCAGCCCCAUUCAUUCUGGCCGUACCUCUCCAUGUCUUGAUCGUGACAACAGCAGUUUCCUGGUUAGUUUUAUGGUGGAUGCCCGAGGCGGUGCUAUGAGAGGAUGCAGACACAAUGGGCUCCGAAUCAUUAUUCCACCUCGGAAAUGCACAGCCCCAACACGAGUUACCUGCCGGCUGGUCAAACGCCAUAGACUGGCGACAAUGCCUCCGAUGGUGGAAGGGGAAGGCCUGGCCAGUCGCCUGAUCGAAGUUGGACCCUCUGGUGCUCAGUUCCUUGGUAAACUUCACCUGCCAACGGCUCCUCCCCCACUUAAUGAGGGAGAAAGUCUGGUCAGCCGCAUCCUUCAGCUGGGGCCUCCUGGAACCAAAUUCCUUGGGCCUGUGAUCGUGGAGAUCCCGCACUUUGCCGCCCUUAGAGGGAAGGAGAGGGAACUUGUGGUCCUGCGCAGUGAGAAUGGGGACAACUGGAAAGAACAUUUCUGUGACUACACUGAAGAUGAGCUGAAUGAGAUUCUUAAUGGCAUGGAUGAAGUGCUGGAUAGCCCGGAAGACCUUGAAAAGAAACGAAUCUGCCGCAUCAUCACUCGGGACUUUCCGCAGUACUUUGCGGUGGUCUCUCGCAUCAAGCAGGACAGCAACCUGAUCGGGCCGGAGGGAGGCGUGCUCAGCAGCACGGUGGUGCCCCAGGUGCAGGCCGUGUUCCCGGAGGGGGCUCUGACCAAGCGCAUCCGAGUGGGGCUCCAGGCUCAGCCCAUGCACAGUGAGCUUGUUAAGAAGAUCUUAGGAAACAAAGCUACCUUCAGCCCCAUUGUCACCUUGGAACCUAGAAGAAGAAAAUUCCAUAAGCCAAUCACCAUGACCAUUCCAGUCCCCAAAGCUUCAAGUGACGUCAUGUUGAAUGGUUUUGGGGGAGAUGCACCAACCCUAAGAUUGCUAUGCAGUAUCACAGGUGGAACCACCCCUGCGCAGUGGGAAGACAUCACAGGAACCACGCCGCUCACGUUCGUCAAUGAGUGUGUUUCCUUCACCACCAACGUGUCUGCCAGAUUCUGGCUGAUAGAUUGUCGACAGAUCCAAGAAUCUGUUACCUUUGCAUCACAAGUAUAUAGAGAAAUUAUUUGUGUACCUUAUAUGGCCAAAUUUGUAGUGUUUGCCAAAUCCCAUGACCCCAUUGAAGCCAGGUUAAGAUGUUUCUGCAUGACUGAUGAUAAGGUGGACAAGACUCUUGAACAACAAGAAAACUUCUCUGAGGUGGCCAGGAGCAGGGAUGUAGAGGUAUUAGAAGGAAAACCCAUCUAUGUUGACUGUUUUGGCAACCUGGUGCCACUAACCAAGAGUGGUCAACACCAUAUAUUCAGUUUUUUUGCCUUCAAAGAAAACAGACUUCCUCUCUUUGUCAAGGUGCGUGACACAACUCAGGAACCUUGCGGGCGACUAUCAUUUAUGAAAGAACCAAAAUCCACGAGAGGCCUGGUGCACCAAGCUAUUUGCAACUUAAACAUCACGCUUCCAAUUUAUACAAAGGAAUCAGAGUCAGAUCAAGAGCAGGAGGAAGAGAUCGAUAUGACAUCAGAAAAAAAUGAUGAGACAGAAUCUACAGAAACAUCUGUGCUGAAAAGUCACCUGGUUAAUGAAGUUCCUGUCCUAGCAAGUCCGGACUUGCUCUCGGAAGUUUCUGAGAUGAAACAAGACUUGAUCAAAAUGACCGCCAUCUUGACCACAGAUGUGUCUGAUAAGGCAGGUUCCCUUAAAGUGAAGGAGCUGGAGAAGGCUGCUGAGGACGAGCCUGGCGAGCCCUUUGAAAUUGUGGAAAGAGUGAAAGAGGACUUAGAGAAAGUGAAUGAGAUCCUGAGAAGUGGAACCUGCGUGAGAGAUGAAGGCAGAGGGCAGAGUUCUCAGGCUGAGUCAGAACUAGUGGAAGAGGAAUGGGUGCUUGUCAGUGAGGAGGAAAUAGAAGAAGCUAAGCUAAAAGCCCCUUUAGAAAUCACUGAAUAUCCAUGUGUAGAGGUUAGAAUAGGCCAAGAGACUAAAGUCAAGACAGAGAAAGACUCAGCUGGGCUAGUGAACUACCUUACUGAGGACCUCAAUUCGUAUGCACCACCUCAUAGGGACAAACCAGUUCAAGACACGCCAGGGAAGACUUCUGAGGCUCCAGCCACCGGCAAGGGCUCUGAUCAUGAAAAGAAGGGUACCCUGUCAGGGGAGAAACCGAGUACCCUUAAACAGGUCAAAGCAAGCCUGGGAAUCAAAAAGCCCGUGAGAAGAAAAUUGAAAGAAAAACCCAAACCAAAAGAAGAAGGUUCACAAGCCAGUGAGGAAAAGACUGAGCUUAAAAAGUGUAGCUCCGAGGAGUCAGUGGAUGAAGACUCAGGGUUAGCCCCUGAACCUCUCUCCACGGUGAAGGCCACAUCUCCUCUGAUAGAAGAAACUCCCAUUGGCUCCAUCAAGGACAAAGUGAAGGCCCUCCAGAAGCGAGUGGAAGAUGAACAGAAAGGGCGAAGCAAGUUGCCCAUUAGAGUCAAAGGCAAAGAGGAGGUGCCCAAAAAGGCCCCUCUCAGGACACAUCCAGCUGCGUCAUCCCCCUCUCUGAAGUCAGACAGGCAUGCACCAUCCUCUAAAGCAGAAAGGCUUUCUUCCCUCUCCUCUGCAAAACCAGAGAGGCACGCUCCAGUGUCGCCAUCUGGUAAACCUGAGAAACACUCACCUGUGUCUCCCUCUGCCAAACCGGAAAGACAUUCACCUGUGUUGUCAAGUAAACCUGAGAAACACUCGCCUGGGUCACCUUCAACAAAAACGGAACGACACUCCCCUGUGUCAUCGACAAAAACAGAAAGACACACGCCGGCAUCCCCUUCAGGGAAAACAGACAAACGCCCACCCAUAUCACCUUCUAGUAGAACAGAGAAACAUCCCCCAGUGUCACCUGGGAGAACAGAAAAACGCCUGCCUGUGUCCCCUUCUGGAAGAACGGAAAAGCAUUCGCCUGUGUCAACCACUGGGAAAAGCGACAGGCACCUUCCUGUGUCACCCUCUGGGAAAACAGACAAGCAGCCUCCUGUAUCACCCACCUCAAAAACAGAAAGAAUUGAGGAAACGAUGUCGGUUCGAGAGUUGAUGAAAGCUUUCCAGUCAGGCCAAGACCCAUCUAAACAUAAAACUGGACUCUUUGAGCACAAAUCAGUAAAACAAAAGCAGUCCCAGGAAAAAAGUAAAAGUCGGAUAGAAAAAGAGAAGGGGCAGGCAAUUACCCAGAGAGAUAUACAGAGAACAGAGUCAAUCAAACGUGGCCAGAAAUUCCUGGUAACUGGUACUCCAGAAUCCAGAAGAAGAGCUCACGCGAUCGCCAUGGGGUUGAAGAGAGAUGAAGCUGUUGGAGAAAAGGAGAAAGCUGCCAACCACAAAACUCCCGAACCUGUUCAGCCAGCAUCUGAAGAAGAAAGCCAUCAAGAGCCAGAUAUGUCCAAAGAAAAGAGGGCAGAGGAGCAGGGAGAGAUGGAACUCCAGAUCAGCCCCAAUAGAAAAACCUCCACUGACUUUUCUGAAGUCAUUAAGCAAGAGUUAGAAAGCAAUGACAAAUAUCAACAAUUCUGCAUGAGCCAAGAGACUGAAAAAGCUCAAUUGCAAUUAGACCAGGUCCUCACCAGCCCUUUUAACACCACCUUCCCACUAGAUUACAUGAAAGACGACUUUCUCCCUGCUCUUUCUUUACAGAGUGGUACUUUGGAUAGCAGUACUGAGGGCCUAAAGCCGGAAGGGCUAGCACCCUCACCUUGUGGCAGCCUGAUGGAGGGGACCCCUCAGAUAAGUUCAGAAGAGAGCUAUAAGCAUGAAGGCCUAGCAGAGACCCCUGAGACUAGCCCAGAGAGCCUGUCCUUCUCACCAAAGAAAAGUGAGGAACAAAUGGAGGAGACAAAGGAACUCACCCCAAAGGUAGAAACACCCCUAGAAAUUCCUUCAGAGAAAGAACAUCCCACAACCAAAGACAGGAUGGAUGGUUGUGAAGAUCAAGGUGCUGCACUGGCUGAGGGUUCGGAGCUCGCUUCUGAACGUUCUCACAGGGAGGUCUCUCCAGAUGCUCCCCAGCCUGUGUAUCCUCAACAAGAAGGACCUGGCAACGCUAGCACAUCAUUGACAAAAGAAUCACCCCGGGCAGUCCCUGAGGAUGCAUCAUCCUGUGGGGAAGGUCAGCUCAUACCCCAAAGUUCAGCUCACGAGGCACAGGCUAACCAGGAAGCUCAGGAAUCUACCACCACCUCAGAGGGGAUGGAAACUUCACCAUUGCCUGGUGCUGCUGUAAAGACAGACACAGAUACAGGACCCAAGCCCCAGGGGGUCAUUAGAAGUCCUCAGGGAUUAGAACUUGCCCUCCCUAGCCGAGACAGUGAGGUACUUAGCCCAAUGGCUGACGAGUCCUUAGCAGUCAGCCACAAAGAUUCUUUGGAAGCCAGCCCUGUGUUAGAAGAUAACUCCUCGCACAAAACUCCCGAUUCUCUGGAACCAAGUCCUCUGAAGGAAUCUCCUUGCCGGGAUUCCUUGGAAAGUAGCCCCGUUGAACCAAAGACCAAGGCAGGGAUGCUGUCAAGUCAUUUCCCUUAUCCCGCAGCUAUUUCCAAAACAGAACUCAUGACGGAAGUAGUUUCCAUGAGGUCCCGGCUCCUCCGAGACCCUGAUGGAAGUGCUGAGGAUGAUAGCCUUGAGCAGACAUCCCUCAUGGAGAGCUCAGGGAAGAGCCCUCUCUCCCCCGACACCCCCAGCUCUGAAGAAGUUAGCUAUGAGGUCACACCCAAAGCCACCGAUGCCACGUCUGCCCCCAAGCCAGCUGUCAUUCAGGAGUGCGCCGAGGAGGAUGACUCAGAAAAUGGAGAGAAAAAGAGGUUCACUCCGGAAGAGGAAAUGUUCAAAAUGGUCACCAAAAUCAAGAUGUUCGAUGAACUUGAACAGGAAGCUAAGCAGAAAAGGGAUUACAGAAAAGAGUCCAAGCAAGAGGAAUCUUCCUCAGCCUCUGACCCCGAUGGUGACUGUUCAGUAGGCCUGGAGGAACCCAAACAGAUGGAGGGUGUAGAGGGUGAAAGAGAUGUCCCUGUCCUGGUGACCUCCGAGAGCAGAAAGGCUUCUUCUUCUUCAGAAAGUGAGCCUGAACUGACUCAGCUAAAGAAAGGUGCCGACUCAGGCCUUUUGUCAGAACCAGUAAUUCGAGUGCAACCUCCUUCCCCACUUCCAUCCAGCAUGGACUCCAAUUCCAGUCCCGAAGAAGUUCAGUUCCAGCCUAUAGUUUCCAAACAAUAUACCUUCAAGAUGAACGAAGAGCUUCCAGAAGAGCCAAGUAACUCAGAAGAAGAGAAAGAGGGUGAGGCCCAUUUAGCUGAGGAUAGACCCACAGUUUCUCCUGAGGGUGUAGUUAGACCUUGUGAGGAUCUGAAUGGAGCCACCCAUCAGCCAGAGAUCUGUGAUGGUCAUGGGUGUGAGCCCGUGAGUCCUAGCAACUCAGCUGGACCUGUCUGCUUGGGUCACCAGAACUUGUCAGGUGAUGAUGUCGAUGAGCAGCUAGCCUUUCAGAAAGACACCCCAACUCCCCAAGACAGUCACAGAAAUGACACAGGAGGAGGAGAACCUGAUGUUUCUGGGAUAGAAUCUCCACCAGGAGAUUGCCCCAGAGAAAGCUCUUCUUUGCUUCAUUGUCCGAUAUCUGAGGAGGAGAAGUUAGGUGAAGGGAAAUCCUCUACCUCUUCCACUACAAAUGUGGAGGUCACAAAAACGGACCAAAGUGUGGAGAGCAUAUCAAAAGACUGUUCCAUUCAAGACUCUUCUGUCCUUCCCCACACAGAUAGUGUUUCCACAGCUUCUCUAACGGGUGAUCCAGCCAAAGCCGAUGAAAUCCCUGAUCCUCAAAUUACCAGCCCUUAUGAAAAUGUUCCUUCCCCCUCUUUUUUCUCUAGUGAAGAAAGCAAAACCCAAACAGAUAUGAAUUACACCACAACCUUUCACUCUUCUGAAGGGUAUUCUGCUACCAUGACAUUCUCUGUUGAGGAUGUAGAAGUGAAAAGCUCUUCACCUAGGACUGUUUCGAGCGAACGAUGUAAUUUCGAGAGCCAGAGCCUCGAAGGAGCAUCCGAACAAGAAAGUACCUCAUGGGAAGUGCAGUCAGAGAAAGCUUCCGCAUCUCUAGAACCUACUCUAUCUAGGACACCAGAAGUUAUCGGUGAGCAAAUAAGCAAAGUCAUUAUCACCAAAACAGAUGUGGAUGCUGAUUCCUGGAGCGAGAUUCGUGAAGACGACGAAGCCUUUGAAGCUCGAGUGAAAGAAGAGGAGCAAAAGAUCUUUGGUUUAAUGGUGGACAGACAAUCCCAAGGUACUACCCCAGACACCACUCCUGCCCGGACGCCAACAGAAGAGGGGACCCCGACAAGUGAGCAGAAUCCAUUCCUCUUUCAAGAAGGAAAGUUGUUUGAGAUGACCCGAAGCGGGGCCAUCGAUAUGACCAAAAGGUCCUAUGCAGAUGAAAGUUUUCACUUUUUCCAAAUUGGUCAAGAAGCUGGGGAAGAGACUCUUCCAGCAGAUAUCAAAGAAGGGGCCCCUGGGGCUGAGCCCUCACAGCUGGAGGUGUCAGCCGAAUCACUAGCACUUUCAGAAUCGAAAGAAACAGUAGAUGAUGAAGCCGAAUUAGUGCCAGAUGACCUGAGUGAGGAUGUGGAGGAAAUCCCUGAUUCAGAUAGGCACCUUAGGUCUCAUGUGGAGAUUUCAGCUUCCCCCGAGGCAUCCACAAAUUGUGGAGGAGCCGAGGACCUCUCCACCCUGCACACGGAUGAUGCACCUUCUUCGUCCAGUAUGAAGCCGAUACCUUGCCCUGAUUCCCUUCAGCCGGCUGUACCAGGUCAGUUAGAUUUUUCCACAGUCACCAGGUCUGUAUAUUCAGAGAGAGACGAUGAGUCUCCCGAUUCUUCUCCAGAGGAAGAGAAAUCAGUGAUUGAAAUCCCCACCGCCCUCAUGGAGAAUGUGCCUUCUGCUGAAAGCAAAUCCCAAAUUCCUACAAGGACUAUACUCACCUCAAGCCCAGCACCUCUCCCUGCAGAGGAGGAGAGCGAAUUUUCUGAAGAUUCUGCACCUGGUCUGAAUGAGGGAAGUACGGAAGAUGAAGCAAAACCAAAGUCCAAAAUCCCUGUCAAAGCAUCCAUCCAAAGAGUGGAGCAGCAACUCCCACAUCCAGACUCAUCUUUGCAGAUGACAGUGACUGCUCAGGGACGGGACGGGACAAGCAGGACCUCAGAUCACAGAAGCAAAUCCGAAUCCGAUGCCAGUCCUUUGGACUCAAAGACCAAAUGCCCAGUGAAAGCUAGAAGUUACAUUGAGACAGAGGCAGAGAGCAGAGAGAGGUCAGAGGAGCUCGAGUUAGACUCAGAAGAAGGGGCCUCAAGACCAAAGAUGUUUGCAUCCCGUUUGCCAGUUAAGAGCAAAAGCAGCACAGCUUCCUGCAAGGGGGGAGUGAGCCCUACAAGAGAAAGUAAGGAGCAUUUUUUUGACCUUUACAGGAAUUCCAUAGAAUUCUUUGAGGAGAUUAGUGAUGAGGCUUCCAAACUAGUGGAUAGGCUUACACAGUCAGAGAAGGAGCAGGAAUUAGUUUCAGAUGACGAAAGUAGUAGUGCCUUGGAAGUUUCAGUUAUUGAAAAUCUGCCAGCCGUUGAGAGCGAGCAUUCAGUUCCUGAGGACAUCUUUGACACAAGGCCCAUUUGGGAUGAGUCCAUUGAGACUCUGAUUGAACGCAUCCCCGAUGACAAUGGCCAUGACCAUGCUGAAGAUCCACAGGAUGAGCAGGAGCGGAUUGAGGAGAGGCUGGCUUACAUUGCCGAUCACCUUGGCUUCAGCUGGACAGAAUUAGCAAGGGAACUGGAUUUCACUGAGGAACAAAUUCAUCAAAUUCGAAUUGAGAACCCCAACUCCCUUCAAGACCAGAGCCACGCACUGCUGAAGUACUGGCUAGAAAGGGAUGGGAAGCAUGCUACAGAUACCAGCCUCAUUGAAUGCCUCACCAAGAUCAACCGGAUGGAUAUUGUUCAUCUCAUGGAGACCAGCACAGAAACGCUGCAGGAGCGCAUCAGUCACAGCUAUGCAGAAAUUGAACAGACCAUUACACUGGAUCAUAGUGAAGGAUUCUCAGUACUUCCAGAGGAGCUCUGCACUGCCCGGCACAAGCAGAAAGAAGAACAAGCUGUGUCUAAAGAAAACGAGUCUUACGAUCACCCACCUAUUGUCUCUGAGGAAGACAUCUCUGGAGGCUAUUCCACUUUCCAGGAUUGUACCCCCAAAGCUGAGGUGGACCCCUCAGAACCAGUGCUGUCUCCACAAGUGCACAAGGAACAAGUUCAACAAGAUUUCUCAGGGAAAAUGCAAGACCUGCCUGAAGAUCGGCAGGAAUACUUUGUAACUACUCCAGGAGCAGAAGGGCCAAAGACUCAAAAGGCCACAACAGUACCUGCCUCUCCCAGCAAGACUCCUGAAGAGAUCAGGAGUACCCCACAUGAGGAGGAGAGAAUGUACCUCCACACACCAACAUCCAGUGAGCCAAGCUGCUCUCCCAUUGUGCAAGAACCGGAAGAGUCCCCUAAGCCCAAGGAGGAGAGUUCUCCACCGAAAACCAGCCUGGUGAUAGAAGAGUCAGCUGAGGACCACCCACAGGCCUUGGCAAGGCAGGAUACAGAUGCAGCUUUUGAAAAGGAGAUAAUGGAGGAAUUAGGGGAGCUGGAGGUCAGCUCUGAUGAGGAGGCGAUGGUAACUACCAGGGUUGUCCGCCGAAGAGUUAUUAUUCAGGGCGAUGAUAUGCCUGACAUACCCCCAGAAACCGUCACAGAAGAAGAGUAUAUUGACGAACAUGGACACACCGUCGUGAAGAAGGUUACUAGGAAAAUCAUUAGACGGUAUGUAGCCUCUGAUGGCACAGAGAAAGAAGAGAUUACCAUGCAAGGGAUGCCCCAGGAACCUAUCAGCAUCGAGGAUGGGGAUGGCUAUUCCAAAGUUAUAAAACGUGUGGUGUUGAAGAGUGACACUGAACAGUCAGAGGUAACUUUAUCUGAACCCAGCAUUUUGUCCAGCACCUCACAAUUUCAGGCUGAACCAGUAGAAGGCCGUAGAGUCAGCAAAGUUGUUAAGACAACUAUGGUACGUGGAGAGAGGAUGGAAAAGCAUCUGGGGGAUUCUAGGCUAGCCACUGAUCUUCCUUCAGCCAAAGAUGACUUUGAAGAGGCUUUGAGUUACACAGGUAGCCACCUGAAGGUUCACUUUCCCAGUUUAGUAGAGAAUGAGAUCCUAAAAGAGGAUGGAUCAAUAAUUAAAAGGACAACAAUGAGUAAGGCGAGUACACAGAAGAGGGCUGUGGUGAAGGACCAGCGUGGGACACGCAUUGACCUGGAGCAGCUGGAGGACGUAGCAGAGGCACUGGAGCAGGAUGACCUCCAGCGCGAUCUCCAGCAACUCCUUCGGCAUUUCUGCAAGGAGGACUCAAAGCAAGAGGCCCAAUGAAGGACUGCCCAGUUCUCACACCAGAAACCACACAUUCACUCAAUAUGCAACUUUCCACUUCCUUAGAAGAAUGACCUAACUGGCCUAAUCAAUGGGAUUCCCCUGACAUUGCCACUGUUAGCAGAUAUAGAGCCCUUUGAUUCCCACCCCCCCUUCUUCCACAUCUUCCUUAACUAUAAAGCUAAUUUGUGACCAAAGAUAGCAUCCUUCAUUCUGGAUGCUCUAUCCACUCACUACCUUGUGUGUCUGUGCUAUCCAGGGAACUGGCCGCCUCUGUUGUGCUUUGCUUCUGCAACCAGCUCCAUGGAAAUUCAUUGAUCAGAAGACUUCACCUGCAGAUCUCUUCCAGUAACAGAUAGAGGACUCCUUCGGAGGGAUGUAUCCAUAUAUAAUGUAUAUAGCUGAGAUGCUCAGAUCAACCACAUAUUAAAAUCAAAGCCACUGCCUAGCAUAACGUCACUGGGCAUCAUGGCAUCAAAGGCCUCUAGAAAUGGCUGAAUAACGGUUAAUGAAGAUAUUGCUAACACAAUCGAAUGUUAAUAUUGCAAAAGAAGCACUUCAGACCUACCUACCAUGUCCUACCACUUCCAGAGUAACCAUUGCUCCUAAUAAAACGUGGGUUAAUAAUAUUGAAAAAAAAAAAACACUGUCCUAACUAAGAAGUGACAGCUGGUGCUGACCAGCAAUAAUUUAUGACUCCAUUAGGCUCUUGAGGGUGCGGGCAAAGGAGCGGAAGGCAAAACAGGUCAAAGCAAUGAGGUAUUCAGUUGCUAGAAGCAACGUCCGGCGACAUUCUAGCGUCUUCAGGUCUUUGAGAUUUUUGGACACGUUGGCAGGGUAUUUUAAAAGCUAUAACUACUGUAGUUUUCCAGUUUUCAUUGUUGCUUUUUGCAAACCACACUGUCUUACUGGUGGUCCUUCCUUCUGGCCGCUGCACUGUAGAUAAUCCAUUGAAGAUAAGAUUUUGCCCAGGACACUACAAGAUUAAAUUCCCCUCACCAUAUUGCAGUGAUUUUCCUUUUUCUCUUUUCUUUUUGUGUUUAUAUCCUCUUGACUAUCUGCAUGUGGCAUUUGAAAAAAAAAGUCAAAAUCACACUCAAAACCCCUCUUCUAAUUACACUCAUGGUUUUCAUCCUUUCCACCCUUGAGUGAGCACUCUUCACUUUCUAGCUAGGUCUGUUUUUCAGCUUACAGAAAAGAGUGAGAAGUCCUUGGCAAAUUUGGUGUGGGUUAAAAUUUGGGGUUUAUUUAUUUGAAAUCCAAAUUUCCCCUGGGGAAACUCUGAAGUGAAUCUGUGCACUUUUCUUUUUCUUUUUCAUUUUUCUUUGUUUCCAAGAAGGGAGAAGAACCAUCUGAAUGAUUUUCACAUUCUGUUUCUUACUCCUCUAGUGGUUGGAGCUGUGUAACAUUUUGACAUUAUAUAUAUAUAUAUAUUCACAAUUAUAUACACAGUAUACAUUUUGAAUCAGUUAUUUGUUAAAGAAAACUAUAUUCAAUGAAAAUGAAUUAAAACAAAAAUAAAAGCAUCUAUCCUCCAGGAACUGAACUUUUUCCAACUCUAUCUGGUCUUUUCCUGUUGUGCAAAAAUGACUCAUUGCUCUGAAUGU